AUGCAUGCAAAAUAUCAACGGCAAUUUCCAAUUCUCCAUGGUAUAAUAAUCUUGACAGGAAUGUGGUCUGUGAUCUAUUCGAUUCUAGAGUGGGAUGAAUCAUUAAAUAACCUUAAAGCUAGUUCUCGACCUUUCGAUUUUUUGAACCUGAUUCCGUUCAACGCUUUACUAGUUGUCUAUUUGAUUUUAAUGGUUAUUGGCGUUAGAAAUGAAAAUAAUAGAAUGUUGGUCACGUUUCAUAUAAGUAAUUUAUGUCAAGCCAUUUUUAUGGGAUGGUGGACAUUUAGAUAUUGUGAUAAUUAUUAUGAAUCUGUACAAGAAUGUAUUAAUUUUGAUAUAUUUUUUCAAACUAAUCUUGUCAUAGUGAUAAUUACAUUGAUUUUUAUGGGUCUAGCAAGUUAUAAUACUUUAAUCUGUCAAUUAAAUUUUGGAAAUAAUCUUGGAUUUUAUAUUAAAUAUGAACCAACACCAGAUGAAUUUCAAUAUAAAAAUAAUAAUCCUGAUUUUUUUAUUACAAAAAAUGCUCAUAACUAUAGCUAUAAUAAUAAUAUUGUUUGA